CAUACCUUAAUUUUUUUUUUCCUACAAAAAUUAAUCCAACCAGGACUUUCUUUGGCCAAUUCUCCGGUCCGAACCAUUGAACAACCGAACCCGCCCAAUAUGAGAUGCUCCCAGAUCGGUCCUCCGUAAAAGGCGGAAAUACGUUUCGGGGUGCCAUCGGUAGGACUCGGAUCCGACAGCUGCCUAAAGUCUCUAGAUCCUUCUGGAAUUCGCACCAGAUAGAGCCGACGAAUUGGCUGAAGCUUCGAGCGCGCAUCUCUCAUUUCGUUCGCGGAUCUGUAACUCCCGAGUCUACCGGCGGAUAAUCGCCAUGGCCGACGAACAGAAGCAUGAAGGUCCAAGCACAAGUACUGGUUCUGAAGGAAGGUCCGAAUCCAUUGUGAAUAUCAAUAUCAAGACCUUAGAUUCUCAGAAUCACGCCUUUGAAGUGGACUCUAAUAUGCAAGUUUCUGCGUUCAAGGAAAAAGUAGCAACUCGACUUGGUGUCCCUGUUGCACAGCAACGUCUGAUUUUCCGUGGGAAAGCUCUGAUGGACGAUCACCUUCUUUCUGAAUACAAUUUGGAGCAUGGAGACACACUGCACUUAGUAAUCAGACAGCCUUCUCAACCACAAUUCUCAGCCACUGCAAGCAAUGGGGAAUCCGCUCCGAGUAAUGGUGUUAGAGGACAAGAACCUACUACUAGUGGACCUCGCGCUCGUGUUGGACACUUUUCACAGAGUGUAGUAUUAGGCACUUUCAAUGUUGGUGACCAAGGACAAGGCCUUGUUCCAGAUCUAAAUCGGGUUAUUGGGGAAGCUUUGAGCUCUAUUGGACUUGGGAACCAGAUUGGUGUCCACCAUCCUGGCAUGCAGGUUAAUGCUCCCAAUUCUUCCCCACAAGGAAAUGAAGCACAAAAUGUACCAAGAAAUUCUGGUUCCCAAAAUCAGCACUGGCAGCCAGGGCAACCAUUUCCUAGUCAAAGUGGAGGCAUUCAAAUCCCUAUUGGAGCAGCGAUAGCUAUUCCUUCACUGAUGCCAAUUCCAGACUCUCUGCACACGCUGACAGAGUUUAUGAAUCACAUGGAGUCUGUACUAUCCCAUAAUGCAAGUCAGCCAAACCAGUCAACUGUCAAUUCAUCUGGUACAGCAUUGCCUACAAAUUCUCGUGGUCAGUCAACUCCAGAGACACUGAGCAUGGUUUUACGGCAUACAGAGCGUCUAGUUGGAAGCCAUGUUACAUCUGCAUUAUCCCGCAUUGCAGGACGUUUGGAGCAAGAUGGGAAUUCAACUGACCUUACAGUAAGAGGACAAAUACAGGCAGAAUCUGUGCAAUUAGGUCUUGCAAUGCAGCACUUGGGUGCUCAGUUCCUAGAGCUUGGAAGGACAAUGUUGACAUUGCGUAUGGGACAGUCUCCAGCUGAAUCUUCAGUCAAUGCUGGUCCUGCUGUUUACAUUUCUCCAUCAGGGCCAAAUCCCAUAAUGGUUCAGCCUUUUCCUCUUCAAACAUACUCUCUGUUUGGUGGUUCUACAUCCGGCCCUCCUAAUCCAAUAGGAGGCUUCAGUCCUUUUGGAAUUGGCCACACAACAAGGAAUGUAAAUAUACACAUACAUACUGUUGGUGCUAGACCAACCAAUUUAGGUGGAACUGAAGGUGAUCAAGCCAGUGGGACUGGUAGUGGUGAUUCUAGUCAAUCCAGAGCUCCACCAAGAACUAAUGCUGGAGCUGCUGAUCCAUCAAGAGCUCACAUGCCCUUUUCUGGUGCUUCACAAGCUGGUCAACCUGAAAGCACAACCGUUCUGGACCAAUCUAUGUGUUCAGAUGCUGAAACUGGAACUAGGAAGUCUAGCGAACAUCUGCAAAUGUCAAAUGAGCCGAAUGAGAGUGCUGCAGGAGGUUCUCAGGGAAUGAAUCACUCUGGUAGCUCAUCUACUGCUCCUAUUGGACUGGGGAUAGGGGAUUUGCAGCCUAAGAGACGAAUUAGGCAAUCCAAAUCACAGGCAAGAAGUGCUGAUAUUGCGGCUUCCUCCUCCAGUCAGGAUGAACAAUUUGUGAGAGAUGGACAACAGAUUCUGCAAUCCCUUGCAUCUCUGAAUCCAGGCCUGCCCUCCCACCCGGCCAGGGGCACUACAUAUAAUUCCAGUUUUGGAGGGAAUGAGCAACCUGCCAUUUCAAAUGUGAUGUCACAAGUGCUUCAGAGCCCGGCUUUAAGCAAUUUAUUGGGAGGGAUCUCUCAACAAACUGCUCUCGGUUCUCCUGAUGCCUUAAGGAAUAUGAUGCAGCAAGUAACACAGAGCCCAGGGCUGAUGAACACUGUCAACCAAAUCGCACAGCAGAUUGACCCACAAGAUCUUGGAAGCAUGAUUUCAGGUUUGCGUGUGGGCCAGGGCGGCGGCAGCAGUAGUGUUGAUUUUUCCAGUAUGCUUCAGCAAUUGAUGCCACUUGUCUCACAAGCUCUUGGUGGUGCUUCAAUCCCAGCAGCUGCCGAACCAGCUCCAAGAACAGAAAUCAGGCAGAGUGAUAUUGGUUUGACCAGAGACGAGACGAUGCCCACCGAUCAAAGUUAUCAGACAGGACUCCAAGACGUGGCUAGAAGGAUUGAAAACGGUAAUCCCCCCGAAGACAUAUUUCGCUCCAUAGUUGAAAAUGCUGUCCAGGCUCAUCCCGGCGGAAGCAGCGACGAGAAUGAGAAUCUCGUGAAUGAUUUGUGCAGUACAGAAGGCCUUGCGAAUGAAUUUAUGGAGGUUCUGCAACAAGAUGUUUCCCGGCGUCUUAGGGAUGAAGCAAAGCCCCCCAGAAAGCCGUAAGUUAGAAUCAUUAGAUUCUAGCAUUUGCAUCCCCACAUGAUGCUUCAAGAACAUUUAAAACGAAUAGGGCAAGGUUCUUUUGACACACACCUUGGGUGUCAUUUG